GUCAACAAAUACAAGCGAGUAUUCCAAUUUCCAUCCAUUCAUCUCCAGAGCUAUACCUUUCCCUCGCUUUCUUGGUUCAAAUUUCAAAAACGACCCAUCAACUCUCUCUCUCUCUCUCUCUCUCUCUCAUAAUCCAAUCCAGUAAUUAUUUAGACCCAAAGAAAAAAAAAAGAAAAAAAAGAAAAAGAAAAAAGAAAUAAUAGUAGCUGAGAAGCUAAGGCAAAGCGCCUGAGAGAAGCCUAACAAAUCCAUGAUAAGCUCGUUGCUGAAGCGUGACAUACAGCUGGUGUGCAGAUCGGUUGUGCGGUUUGUAGAGAUUUCGGUUUCCAGAGGCAUGGGUUGCUUCUUCGCUUGCUUCAGGGUCAGAGACGAUCGCCAACGCCCUCGGCCCCACCUCUCCUCCCGCUCCGCUACUCGCCCCAACCGCCCCACUGAAGUUGUGAUACCUCAAAAUCGUUUGUCAUCUCUUUUUCUAGCUGAAGAGAAAGAAGAUUCUCGGUGCAAUGAUGGGGAAGAUUUUAAUUUCAGAUCUCCACAAAAUCACAAGGAGCUCAAGGAUGAGGCCAAGUUUCUUAAAGCUUGUGGUACCUUAGCGGAGACACCUGCUGAAAUUCGGAAAGCAUCCGAGAAGUGGAAAAGUCCAAUUCCUUAUGACAGAGAUUCAGAGCCUCCAAAAUUCCAUUCAUGGCUUCCCAACACAUCUAUCAAGAAAAUUCAGUUAGACAAUCAACCUGAUCAGCCUCCUACUCCUCUCAAACUUUGUGAAGAGCGGGGAAAGGAAUCAGCUUUGCAAGAGCUGACACCUAGCAGUAUAUCCAGCGUCAGGGUUAAUGCUAAUCAGACAGGAAACAUUGCUACAUCAGUUUCACCUUGGGUUUCAACCACAGCCGUUCAGUGCAGGAACAAGUCUGUGCGCUUUGAAUGUGAUUAUGAUGUAUCUUCCUCUACAAGUUCAUCUCAAAAUGUUAAUCAUAAUCCAAAGAAAUCUGAAUCACCGGAUAAUCGGAGUGUGCCAAAGCCUGAACCUUAUCCAACCCCACUUAAGCUAUCUGAUGAGAUGCAAACACCUGGAACUGUUUUCCCAACAAACUUAGAAAAUUUACCAUAUGGGAAGACUCGAAUCAGGUCUCAGUAUGUGUAUUCAGUUAUCAAUCCAGUUGAGGGUGACUCUCAGUGGAAGGUAUUGAAGGAAGAAAAUUCUAACUCUCAUCAAUUUUCAGAUGAUUUGAGAGAAUCUUUUGAGUUGCUUGAAACCGCAAACCCUAGGUCCGAAGGGGGGGUAAAUGAAACUUCAUUUGGGAAAGAGUUGAAGGCGGAAGCAAGCCAGUCUGAUUGGCUGAAGCCACAGCUGUCUACUCAGGAUGCGAGCAGUAAAAAUUUUGACUCUGAUUUCACCAGAAAACCUCAUUUUGGUAGAACUCCUGGGGACAGGCCUAUAAUUGGGAUUGUUGCUGCUCACUGGAAUGAUGAUGAGCCUUCUCAUAUUUCGCCUAAGUGGUGGGAUGGGAAUGGAAUCCCAAAUUCUACCAAUAAAUACAAAGAGGAUCAGAAAGUUAGCUGGCAUGCUACACCAUUUGAGGAGAGGUUAGAAAAGGCUUUGUCUGAAGAGAGCAUCAUCUCUCAAAGGAAAGAUAUAUAUGGGAAACCAAUAGCUUUUGAUGAGAACGAGGAAAGUGAUACAGCUCUUUCUCAGUUGCAAUCUUCAACCCAUCCUAAGUCAGUGGUUUCAUUUUAAUGAAUGAUGGUGGUAGUGUUUCUCCAAUGUGUCCUUUGAAACCUAAAUUUGAAGUAUACUUCGUUGAACAUGGUUGAUGGUUUUGUUGGUUCUGGAAAUUUUGUUCAUGUGAUAAUACAGUCCUUUCAGCAGCAUGCAGAGCUGCUUCUAAUGUACAUAAGUAAUGGAAAUCCUCUGCAUCAAUGGCUCUUUGAUUAUUAAUCUUUUUCUAAUCUCGUUUGCCCCC